UUCUUUUUAACUGGGUUGAAUUUUAUCUGAGGUGAACACCUUGAUAGGAACUAAAGAGGAUUUUGCAGGAAGAAACUUGCUUUGCAGUGGGCUUUAGAAUUGAUCAUAGGGACCUGUUUAAGUGAUAUUUUUCAGUUUUCGAAAUAGAUGUAUUUUAAAUACUAGGUGUGUUAAUUUUUUUCUUUAGAUCUUGAGUUGAAUAUAACGUUCUCAGUUGCCUAGGGAGUCUAGAUUCCUAGGAAAAGUUGCACAAGCUUUUAGGUAAAUGUAUUUAAAAAGAAAUUGAGUUGAAAAGACUUGCAUGUUUUUCCCAUUUCGUCAAUAGUUUUGAAAUAUUUUUCAUAACGAUGGUGUUAUUUUUAGAGUGUGAGGAAUUACUUCCAAGAAAGUGGCAAUAUGUAGUUGUUCUAGAUUUCUAUGGAUUAAGGUGAAAGUUUUACACAAUGCGGUGCAAAUUUGUAUAAUUGCCUGAUAAAUCAUUUUACUUCUAACACCUCCUUUGUGUUUAAUUAUAGCAGCUUCUAGAAGCAAAUUAUUUUGUUAUUUGUUGGAAAGUACUGGUAUUUCCAGUUUUUUUAGGUGGAAGAUAUUAUGCAGCACUUACUUGUUAAUGCCUUAACAUUCAGUUGGAUGAACAGUCUAACUUCAAAAGAUAUGACAUUAAAGUGACACACACACAUCCAAAGACUGAAUAGUUUAGUUUUGAUGCUAAAAAAAAUACAUGUUGAAUAUACUUUAUUUUCCAGAUGGAGAAAUCAAUUAUUCUAUUGCUCUGGUUACAAUAUGUUGUUAAGAUCGUUUGUUUCUGUUAUAUGCCAAUGAAUAAUCGAACAACAGUUUUUAUUGAAUGGGAUGAAUUUCCUAAGGGAGGAAGUCCUGAAUUUUAUUUUUUAAAAUAUCAACUUGUUAAUAAUUUUGCUGAAAAAAAUGUCAAAAGCGUUCCUGCAGACUUGCAAAAACUUUCAAAGUCAGUAAUACUAGAGGAAAAUGAAGACUAUCACAUCAUUCUACAGUCUAUAAAACAUGGACAAAUUUUAAGUGAAAAGUCAUUUGAAACCCGGGGUUUCUCAACUAGCAAUAUUAAAACAAAAGCAACAAGCACGAGUGUUUCCUUUAACUGGAGUGUGCUGUCUUCCAGUGACAUUUUAGUGUCAAUAUCUCUCAGUAAUUCUACACAAAUUAUGGAAAAUAAUAUUACAGCUUAUGAGUGGGCUAAUUUAAAACCUGCAACCUUAUAUGCUUUUAAGUUUGAAUUUAAACAAUUGCAUUUGGAUUUUAUAAAUGUAUUUCAGAGACUGGAUGUUCAAGUAGAAACAGGUUCAUGUUCACGAGGAUGGGUAGCAUUAAAAAAUAGCUGUUAUAAAAUUAGCAAAGAGAGUAUGCCGUGGGAUAUAGCUGAGCAACAUUGUAAGUUAUCCUUAAGUUCUGCACACCUUGUGGAUAUAAAAAAUGAAGAGGAAAAAAACUUUAUAUUUUCACUCCUCAGGUCGAAGAAUCAAAUAAUAAUAUGGACUGGUCUUAAUGAUUUGAAGAAAGAAGGUCAUCUCACAUGGAUAGAUGGAUCAUCUUUUGGCCUUAAGAAAAAUGAAAUCUUUUCUUUUCCACUGCUACCCAAGAAUGAAACAGAUUGCUACAUGUUACAGCAAAAUGCAACUGGAUCAAACUAUUUCUUUACAAGAUUUUUCUGUUAUGUUCCACUGCCAUAUAUUUGCAAAUACGAGUCACUUUCUCUGCAGGAAAACCUUUCAAUCUAUAUAAAGGAUAUCGGAACAACUGAAGUUGUAUUUGGUUGGCAUAAUUCGAAUGGUUGGAAUAAUUUGGAUAAGUGGCUAAAACUGGGAUAUAAAAUUAUUAUUAAAUAUUAUUUAGAUUAUACAGAAGAACAACAUUUUGACAGCAUAUCCCCAAAUGCAACAGAAAAAACAAUUACCCAAUUGUGUCCUGGCCAUGUUUACAGAUUUUUACUCUUUGCAAUAAAUGAAUGGGAGGCAAAAACUAUGUUAACUUCAAUAUUCGUUGUUGAAACACGCCCAUUAUCAGCUCAAAAUGUCACAGUUAUUCAUGUGACUCCAACAGAAAUAUUUUUACACUGGAAUCCCCCAGAUCUUGUAUCUUUUCACCAUUAUCUUGUGACGAUUUUGGAUGUUGAAAACAAUAAAUCCGAAGAGGUGUUUGUUGAAAAACUCAACACAUCAAUGAGAAUUGGAGAUCUCAAACCUUUCCAUCAGUAUCUGAUAUAUCUAUUCAGUGUAGCCGAAAGAGGAACUCUAAGCUGCUCUGAGAGACCUAUUUCAGCUGUGACAGGUAUUAAUCCUCCUCAGAAAGUUCAUGCUAAACCUGAAGAUGUGGGAGAGGACAGUAUAAUUCUUCACUGGGAACUCCCACAAGAUGGCCAUGAGGUCUACAUUCAAAUCAAACCCAUAUCAGAUGCAAGAGAAGUCAGGAAGCUUUUUGUAAAAGAUGCUAAUAGAUUCAAGAUUGAUAAUUUAACCCCUGGAAUGACAUAUGACAUUGGAAUGGCAACAAUGAUGAAUGGGAACUUGAGUGAGCUGGUAACUAUUCAACAAACUCUAAAGCCCAAACCAGUCCAAAUUGUCAUCCCAUAUGAAAGUCAUAGUACCUCUGUAAUCUUAUUUGUUCAAAUGCCUGAUACUGGAGUGUUUGAUGGCAUACAUAUUGUAAUUGAAGGAGGACCAAAUGUUACCAGGCCUUUGAAACAUGACAAUAAAAUAACUGUUGGCAAUUUAACGCCAGGCACAGAAUAUAAUUUCUUUGUUUCCAUCAUCAGUGGUACUAAACUAAGUAAUAUGUACUAUGUGCCUGCAGUAAAAACAUGUCUGGAAGCACCAUCAAAUAUCCAUGAGGGCAAAGUAACAGACUCUUCCAUAGAAAUUCUCUGGAAUCGAGCUGAUGGGAAUUUUCAGCAUUAUGAAGUCACAUGCAUGAACUGUACUUCUGCUUUCAUGGUCCAGAAGGUAGUUCAAGAAGCAGCAACAUUCUCUAACCUGGAUCCUGCGACAGUGUAUACUUUUUCAAUUUGCACUGAAAAAGAAGGUUUUAAAGACAGUGCUCCUAACGUAAAAGAAAUACAGACAGCCCCAAGUGCAGUUGAAUUUAUGAACCAUAGUAGAAACUCCAAUGCAAUAACUGUUAGCUGGCCUACAGCUAGAAGUCUUCUGGACGGAUACAUUAUUUCAAUAUCCAGCGGAAUCUUAAUGAAAGAGGAAACCCUGCCUUCCACAAAAAGGGCAUUCACAUUUAAUAGCCUUUCUUCAGGGACUGACUUUUUAAUUAGUGUUAUAACUACCAAGGGACUGAAAAGAAGCCAUCCCACUGUCCUCAUGGUUAGCACUUGUAAGUUUAUUUUAUAUUUAAUUGACUUUUCAUGGGCAAAAAAUAAUGGAAAUGGUUGUGUUUAAAGCCAAUAUCUAAUUAAAAAUGAAUGAAAAUGGAAGUGGUUUAUGGCAUGCUUGAAGAGAA